UAGAGAUUCAUCCCUUUAGACGACAAUUCCAUUAGUCAAAACUCAAACAUUAACGCUUCUUCUUCUGAAGCUUCUUUCCCUUGAUCAACGAAAUUCUCAGAGAUCAAGAACAAGAUCAAGAUGAAGGCAUCAGUGAGUUUUCCUGAUGAAUGCUGGGAAUCAAUCUUCAGAUUCCUAGGCCACGGCCGAGACUUGGAAUCGGUGUCCAUGGUCUGCAAGCGGUUCCUCACAAUUUCAAGCCAGCUUCAAGAUUCCCUCACAAUAUUUGAUGCAACAACAAUGCUCAUUCCAAAGCUGUUCUUGAGAUUCUCAAGGCUCAAAGUCUUAGACCUCAGUUACUUCAAUGGGAACCUCGAAGGCCUGCUUUGUCAGGUUUCACAAUCCACCUUGGACCUUGAUACCCUUAACCUUUCCAAUCAGAGGACACUUCCCAUUGAUUUGUUCCGGGACAUCGGCUCGAAGAUGAAGAACUUAAGGGUGUUGAUUUGUUCAAACAUUGGCUCUCUUUGGGAUAGCCAUUUGAUGAUCAUGGCCUAUUGUUUCCCAUUGCUUCAAGAGCUUGACAUCAGCUUCCCAUUGAUUUCAGAAGCAACAGAUUUUGGGAUCUCAAAGUUGUCUUUGUUGCUUGAGCGCCUUCGCAAGAUUAACUUCUCUGGAAACUACUUAGUCACUGAUCAAUCACUGGUAGCUCUGUGUCAGAACUGUAUGACAAUUGAAGACAUUUCAUUCUUCAAUUGUUUUAAGAUAACUCAAGGAGGCAUUGCUAAUGCUAUCAACUUCAGACCAACCUUGGCUUCCAUAGCAUUCAACAUUAAGAAAAGAAGAAUUCAUGGACGUGGCUUGGCACCUAUGCCAAUUAACUUGGAUUUGAUUGAUUCACUCAAGAGUUUGAAAAGCUUAACUUGUAUUGAUUUGUCGAAUUCUUUUAUCUCGGAUGAGUUGCUCUGUUCUGUUGCAGAAUGUUGUCAUUCCAUAAAGAAACUCAUCCUCCAAGACUGCUGCAAUUUCACAUUUUCAGGAAUAUAUUCUGUGGUAUCAAAUUGUCCAUUAAUACAAUGCUUGGAUCUUAGAAAAACCGACUUCCUAACCGAUCAUUGUAUUGGCAAGCUAUCAAUGUUUCUUCUCAAUUUAACCUCUAUAAACCUCAGUGGUUGUGAUCAGCUUACCAAUUCAACAUUUUACACACUGACAAGAGGUUGUCCUAAACUUGUUGAGAUUAAAAUGGACAGAACAUAUCUUGGAGAAGUAGGGGAAGAUUCAGAUUCUUCUCUUGUUCCGGUUCAGAACACUCAAGUGAAGAGUCUCUAUCUGGGUCAAAAUAUUUUACUUGGUGAUCAAAGUUUGAUGAAAAUGGCUUCUAUUUGCCCCAAUGUAGAGCUUCUCGACUUAAACUCUUGCGGCAGCAUAUCAGGAGAAUGUGUCGUGGACGUUCUCAGGAAAUGCCGAGAGAUAAGGCACUUAGGCUUAGCCAAUACAGGGGUGAAGCUGUUGAAGAUGGACUUUAAAGUUUUGCAACUGAAGGUAUUGAACUUGUCAGGAUCAAGAAUCAAUGAUGAAGCACUCUCCAUAAUCUCAAAAUGUUGCUGUGGACUAGUAGUUCUGGAUAUUCAAGGUUGCAACAAUGUUACCACAAAAGGGGUGAAGGAAGUGGUAGAAAGCUGCAUGGAGUUGAGAGAGCUGAAUUUGAAGAACUGUGAUUUUGUAAAUGAUAAUUUUGUUGCUUCCUUAGAACUUAUAAGGCCAUCAUUGAGGAGAAUAAUCACAAACUCUUAUGUUGGUGUUUGAGAACAAAUAAUGCUUGGUGCAUAACACUUCAUUGUACAGCAAGGUGAGUAAAAAUUAUGCAGAUGUCUCAUGUAUAGUAUCUGUGUUUGAAUUAUGUUUAUACGAGCAUAAUA